GAUGCAGCCAGCGCGGGGUGCUGUGUGGAUCAGAGAGGUGUUUGCUGUCGGAUCUCUGCGCACAUUCCGAGGAGAAACCGGGCGAAGAAGACGGGAAAAAAGGGAAAGGACAAUGCUGGGUCGUCUCUGAAAAAUUAGUCUUCAGUCGUAGGGGAUGCCGCAUAGAUCUGAUAAUAAUCACCGGUAGUCCUUCGAUUAUUGCCAUCGUUAUUUCGGAUUCAGCCGGUAUCUCAGCCUUGGCAGCGGCUAUUUCAGGGAUACAGCUUAGGCUACUGUACAUUGUCUUAUAUUCGCCUAUUAUCCCAAGCUGCUUUUGAUGCUCUGAAUAGAUGCCUACAUUGAUUUUCAGCAUAUUUACAUAGGCUAAUAUCUUACUUUCUGCAGCUGGCUCAUCUUGAUGCCGUCGACUGAAUACAGAGAGCUUCCCUGGAUGUGACCGUCUUAUGUUUUAUUUGGCCGCCGCAUGAAUUCUCCCACCGGAUCCUCGCCGGUGUACGCUGCUGUCCUCCUCCUCCUCCUCCUCCACCUCCACUUGCUCAGACGGCCGAUUCUCGCAGAGGGCACUACCCUCCUCCCUGCCGCUAAAGACAUUUUGAACGUCCUCCCCGGAUCCCCCCACCCGGACUCGACCAUCACUCCGCCUGCUUCCUCGUCCACCACCACCACCACCACCUCCUCCUCCUCCUCAGUAACAUGUCGGGACAGUCUUUGACGGACCGGAUCGCCGCCGCGCAGCACAGCAUGACCGGGUCUGCCAUCAGCAAAGCCGUCUGCAAGGCCACGACGCAUGAAGUCAGCGGACCCAAGAAGAAACACCUUGACUACCUGAUCCACUGCACCAAUGAGCUGAACGUCAGCAUCCCCCACCUGGCAGACACACUGCUGGAGCGCACAGCCAGCAACAGCUGGAUAGUGGUUUUCAAAGCGCUCAUCACCACACACCACCUCAUGAUGUACGGCAACGAGAGAUUGAUGCAGUACCUUGCCUCCAGAAACACGCUCUUCAACCUCAACAACUUUCUCGAUAAGGCUGCACUACAAGGGUAUAACAUGUCAACUUUCAUCAGACGCUACAGCCGCUACCUGAAUGAAAAAGCCAUGUCUUACAGACUAGCAGCAGUGGACUUUACCAAGAUGAAGAGAGGGGCUGACGGCGUGAUGCGCACCAUGAACACAGAGAAGCUGAUUAAGACUCUGCCCACCAUUCAGAACCAGCUGGAUGCACUGCUAGAUUUCCAGCCUAACUCCAACGAGCUGACCAAUGGGGUGAUCAACACAGCUUUCAUGUUGCUGUUUAAAGACUCCAUACGGCUGUUUGCUGCUUACAACGAAGGGGUCAUAAACAUGCUGGAGAAAUACUUUGACAUGAAGAAGAACCAGUGCAAAGAAGCUUUGGAGAUCUACAAGACAUUCCUCAACAGGAUGACCAAACUGUCCGAGUUUCUCAGAGUGGCAGAGCGAGUUGGGAUAGAUCAGGGCGACAGCCCCGAUCUCACACAGGCACCCAGCUCUCUCCUGGAGGCUCUGGAGCAGCAUCUAGCCUCUCUGGAGGGCAGGAAGCUCAAGGACCUCUCCACCGCCAGCAGAUCCAGCACCUUGUCCAGUGCAGUGUCCUCUCUCUCCAGCACUGGGAUCUCUCUCAGCCGUAUGGACGACAAAACAGAAGACAACAGACUGCAGCAACACAAGGAGGACGGUCAUAAGGUGAUCGACAUUCAGACACCCAAUGUCUCACCCAGCACCCAGUCAGUGGGCAGUGCCAACAGCAGCGGAGGUGCCACAGAUCUCUUCUCCAACUCACCCAUCGUACCCGUUAACAACCAUGUGCCAAACCUGACCAGUGAGCUGUUCACCCUGCAGCCUAACUUCACCCCCAUCCAGACCACACACACUGUGCCCAACAAUAACAAUGCCUGGGGAGGUGACCUGCUAAAGCCAGCCCCACCCACUCACAUUCACAGCCCCGGAGCCCCUUUGCACUCUGGGAAAAUGCUGCCCAAUGAUUUGGACUCUUCAUUAGCCAACCUCGUUGGUAAUCUGCAGUUUGGGGGGAACCCUGCUAAAAAGCCGGAGCUCCAGUGGAGUCAGCUGGUAGAGAAGAAGCCAACAGGAGGAAGUAGCUGGCAGUCAAAGACCAUGUGCACCAGCACCAACUGGACUCACACCACCCAUCCCAUGGCACCUGCACCCAUGCCCGUCCCUCAGAUGAAUGGGAUGAUCUAUACUGGCUAUGCUCCAGCCCCAGUGGCUUUUCCUAUGACGACACCCCAAGUGCCUGUGUAUGGAAUGCUCCCUCCUCAGAUGAGUCAUCAGAUGGGGGGCGUUCCCAUGAUGCCCCCACAAACUGUCAUGUACAACCAGCCUGUCCUAAGACCCACCAAUCCCUUUGGACCCAUCCCGGGGACACAGAUGCACUUCAUGUAGGGAUGAUGUGGUAACCAUGGCAGCAAAGCAGAGAGAGGGAAGGCGAGAGGAAAGAGAUGGAGAGAAAGAAGUCGAAGAAAACAAAUCCAGAACCAAAUCCAGUGCCGAAGGAAGAAAGAAGAGGACAGAGAGGACGAGGGAGGGGAGAGGAAGACGGAGCGAGGACCAGAGGACGGAUAAAAGAAGAAAUGCUGAUGUCUGUUUUCAUGUCGCCUGACCCUCUAAUCUCCUCUCCUCUCUCCAUGUGGCUACUGAUCUCUCUGUCUUUGAAUCUAUUUUGCCGGGGCACCACAGGCUCCACAUCAUCCCACUCAUCCUCUGUUUGAUUUGCCAAUUCAAGCUGCGAUUACGACCUGUGAUGACUGACAGCUCUAUGGAAGUGCAGAAGCUCGGUUGCCACUUCCAGACCUCCUCGCCCCCAAUAAUUUCGUGUAUAAAAACAUACCCACUUCCCUCUCCAUCCCACAACUGAAUCAAACUCGGAGGACACACACACGUCUCUUUCAACGAUUGGAUUGUUUGCUGGCACUUUACUCAGUGUGAACUUUGCCAAGGCUUUAUGUUUGUGAGAUUUUAGCAUCUUGUUCGGAGUGGUUCCCGGUCUGCGUGUCCUCCAUCACCUGAUGUCAGAUGUAAUUGGUUUGAAUGCGUGUAUGUCCCUUUUUCUACAUUUCAAUGUGCUGCAUUAACAUUACCGUUUGAGUCUUUUUAUGAGCUCUAUUUGUUCUUAAUUGCCAACUUCACAUUAAGAAUCCGGCGUGGAACGAUAACUUUUGCGGGCGCGCUUGUGUGUGAGUGGAUGGACAUGGCUGUGUAGGGCAUGUAAUGUAUGCGUUUCUCUCUUGGUACCUGAUGUCAUUGCUGUGUUGCCAGGUACCAAUGUGUUACUGCACUGGAACUAACUGACGAAAGCACUGAGCCAGACCCAGGCAUCGCAUUUGGAUGUAAACAAACCUCUUACACUAACUUUGCUACUUGGGGACGUGCUGUACACACUGUGUAUUUUGUUCUUUUUUUGGCUCCUCUACAGCUGUGCAAUAUCAUGCAAUCCCGUUAUUUUUUUUUACCCCCUCCCAUCUGUAAACUGUUUAGAAGCUGUUUCCUGCUGUAGUGUUGUACUUCUUGUGUCUACAUCAGGUUUCUGUACAGAAUGCAGUUACAUUUUUUUCCAUUUUAUAACCUUUCCUCUCCUAACUCCUGUUCUGUUAUACCCGUACUGCUCUAAAAGUAGUGAAAAAUGCACUGACAGCCAGAUAGAAAAGUGACUGCAUAUUAGUAAGGAGGUGAUUCACAGUCUUGCUAAUCAGAAAUGGUCUAACUCCCUGUAUGAUGUCGUGAGCAUCCGUCCUGUCCAAAAUGAGUCCUUUACACUCCUUAAAAAACUACUGGAUAAGCGUAAUUACUGCAGCAUAUGUCUCACCUUUCCUUGGAGGAAUUAAAGACAUGUGUAACACACAGAGGGAUUUGUUAAUGUAGUGACAGGACGGCUAAAGGUCAUUCACAGGAGUCAAAUGAGGACCAGACUAAUGUCUGUUGAUCACGACCCUAGUAAUGCCUGCAGGGACGACAUACAGACUAAUUCGGACAGCCAGAGAUGGGAUGCUUUAAUGAGACGUUAAAUGUUAAUAUGGCUUUUCUGACAGAUCCAAGUUCAAGUUAGACCCACAGACAGACAUAUAUAGCACAAACCUUUGAAGAGGGGACAACGCUCUGCUGCACAAAAACCUAAAAUCAUUGCUGGGAUGUACAGUUGAAAGGGGCAAUAAUCAAUUGGGGAUGAAGUUGUUUUCUAUUGAUUGUCUGUUCUAUGUACAUGUACUGUAUGUUUGUUUGUGUGCACAUGCCUUCCCAUAGAGAUAAACAGGGUCAUGUUCCUCGGUUAGAGAUGAAAGGUCUCUAGUGAGCUGGUAGCCUAUACUAACGUAGCAGUGAGUGUUAUUGUGAAUGUGUCUCAGUCUCCAUCUGUACAACCCGACAUCAAAUUAAGGUGGCUCUAGGAUCGCUCAUCCGCUGAAAAACGCAAAAAAGAUCAAACCGAAAGCCCCAAGUCAUCAGAGCUGGAGUCUCAAAGCAAACCUUUCCAGCCAACUGGAGCUGCACAUCCUGCUGGCGGUUCCUAAAAAAAAUCGCCAGAGCAUCACGACUGUGCGGUGGCGUAUCGUAUCGUCUCCCUUGAACUGUAACCGCUGGCUACGCAAAAAGCAACCUCCCUGCAGCUACAACUGUACUACCAGCAGAGCGAGAACUCAGUGUUAGAAAUCGUCACCAAGCAGGCAGAUAUUCUCUGAGGUUUCUAAAUAAGAGGCCAGCUGACAUUUGGAUAUCUCCUUUGGAAAGUUCUUGUUUCACUCGCCACCAUCACUCGUCGUUCCAGUGGUUUGUCUUUCUCCGUCAGCUGAAUGCUCUUUUCAUUGUGCACUUCACUCCCACAACGCAGCUCGAUCCAUCCUGGGCCAACCUCUGACUGUUACUGUGUCCUCUGUAUAUAGGUAAUGCCGUUCAUGUGUUUUUAGACGUGCUCUCUCUGUAAAGUGAUCGAAGCCCCAUUGGAUGACGUACUGUACGUGGGACAAUUUAUUGCUGUAUCUGUGUUUGAAUGGUUGUAUUUUGA